AUGGGUGGAUAUUUCGAAGGUGACAUACGUAUUCCUAAAAUGCGUAGAGGUGUAGCAGUGCUUGGUGAUUAUGUACGUUGGCCAAGUGGAAUUGUGCCAUAUACUAUUUCAUCGAAUUACAGUACUGAAGAACAAAAUAUAAUUAUUAAUGCUAUGCGAACACUAGAAAACUUAACAGCAGUUAAUAAUGUACUUUGUGUACAAUUUCGUGAGAAAGUUGCUUCUGAUGGAGAAUAUUACAUCAUAAUUGAAAACGGAAUAGGCUGUUCAUCUUAUGUUGGCCGAUUCACAGGAUAUACAUUGAAUCGAACGGUAACAUUGCAAAAUACUGGUUGUCUUUACACAGGCACAAUUAUGCAUGAAUUAAUCCAUACAUUAGGCUUCCGUCAUGAACAAUCACGACCAGAUCGCGAUGAUUAUCAACAACCACGACAAAAUCUACAACAACAACAUCUACAACAACAACCACAAAAACAACAACAUCUACAACAGCAACAACCACAACAACAUCCACAACAACCACAAAAACAACAACAUCUACCACAACAUCUACAACAGCAACAACCACAACAACAUCCACAACAACAACAACAAAAACAACAACAUCUACCACAACAUCUACAACAGCAACAACCACAACAACAUCCACAACAACAACAACAAAAACAACCACAUCUACCACAAUAUCUACAACAGCAACAACCACAAAAACAACAACAACGACAAAAACCUCCACAACAACAACAACAGCCUCCACAACAAUAA